GACCAGCCCAUCAAAUUUGAUCCAAAAAAACAUCCAAAUUUACCGCACUUGGUCGAGUCGCACGGAGUCAAGGUCGCAGUCUGCCAGUUGCAGCCCCGCACGCGGCACGCGGCACCCGCCUUACGCCGCCGCAUCCCCUGACGCGGCACGCCGCAACCGCCUCACGCCUCCCUGUGCCUGCCGCCGCUGCGUGGUAGUCUGCUUCUCACUUCUAACCGCCCCAGACCCCAGAGGCAAUCAUGGCACUUUGUGGGGAAGAGGUCAUUUCUUUUAUGGAACUAGCUCUUCAACAAGCUAAGCUUGCGUUAGACAGCCUUGAAGUGCCGGUAGGUUGCAUCAUUGUUGAGGAUGGUGAGGUCAUUGCUUCGGGAAGGAACCGAACCACAGAGACUAGAAAUGGCACUAGACAUGCUGAGAUGGAAGCCAUUGAUCAUCUACUUGAGAAAUGGAAGAAAAGUGGAGUUUCACCGGGUGAAGUUUAUGAAAGAUUUUCAAAAUGUGUGCUUUACGUAACAUGUGAACCAUGUAUAAUGUGUGCAGCGGCCCUGUCUUACCUUGGCAUUAAAAAAACUGUUUAUGGAUGCUCAAACGAUAAAUUUGGUGGUUGUGGAUCAAUAUUGUCAUUGCAUGCCGGGGUUGGAGCUGCAAAUAAGGGCUUUGAAUGUGUUGGAGGUGUGAUGGCAUCUGAAGCAAUAUCUCUUCUGCGCAGCUUCUAUGAACAGGGAAAUCCAAACGCGCCCAAACCUCACAGACCGCUGAAACAAAUGAACACAUGAUAUGAAGCCUUUAGGCUGAGGAGGAUUAUCCGCCCCCUUCUAUAGAAAUUGUAAUGAGUUCCUGAUGGUUUCUUUCACUUGAUCUUGAAAAGGCAAUUAUUCUCUUACCUCUGUUUUAAAUAUCCACAUUAUUAGACAACAAAUAUCCUAUUACUUUCAUUUGAGGCAAUUGCUGUUUCUGAGUGCCGUAUGAUUAGAUUUCGGGCACACUUGUCAAUAUAAUUUGAAGAGGUAGUACAAAAUUUGAAGAGGUA